UAGUCUAGCAAAAAUCUCAUAUCAUGGCUAGUCAUUUUCACAUUAAUGAUACAGUUAGAAAAGUAGUAAUGUGAUUUUUCUUCCAUUCAUAUAGGAGGUGCACUCCUAUCUAUAUAUAUCUUUAUGCGACCACACCCAGUUAACUAGCUUCAAAACUCCUCUUCUAAAAUUCAGUAUCUCUUCAUUCUUGUCCUAUAAUUUUAGAGGUAUACCUCUCUUCUUCCCUAUAAAUGUAAUGUCUGCUUCUUCUUUUCUUACCAAUGACAUGUGUGUUUAAUUUUAAAAAGAAAUUAGUAAAACUGAAAAGUAGUCGGUGAUUGCGCAGAUGAAAAUGGAAAUGGCAUCAUCGUCGACUGUGCUACCUCGAUCAAAAUCAGAUCAACUAGAAACAAUGUUGAGAAAAUCACCAAGUGCUGAAAGUGCAACAAGCCUAGCAAGAAAGUUGAGAAUUGGUUCAUCACCUGGUCCAAGGACACAUACAAGGAAGCAUUCAAGGAGUGGACAGCUUGAUGAAGUGAGCAGCGGGGGAGCCCUGAGCAGAGCAUCCAGCGCUAGCUUUGGCUUCUUUUCUUCUGCUGGCUUCACGGUGCCACCUGAAGAAAUUGCUAACCUACAAGAAAUCAGUAAUGAUGACAUCCCAGAGGAUAUUGAAGCGAAUACACGGAUAAAGAUCCAUACCGAGCCUACCUUACCAAUAUAUCUCAAGUUCACAGAUUUAAAGUACAAGGUAGUGCUCAGAGGUGUAAGAACGAUAAUUGAGAAAAAUAUUUUAAAUGGUAUUACAGGUUCAGCAAGUCCUGGAGAAGUUUUAGCACUAAUGGGGCCUUCAGGGAGUGGAAAGACAACACUUCUUAACCUACUGAGUGGUAGGUUGAUUGAAUCCGCUUCAGGAGGUUCUAUUACAUACAACGAUCAGCAAUAUAGCAAGUCACUUAAACGCAGGAUAGGGUUUGUUACUCAAGAUGAUGUUCUAUUUCCCCACCUCACAGUGAGGGAAACGUUAACAUAUGCUGCGUUGUUACGGUUGCCAAAAACCUUAACGAAACAACACAAGGCACAACGAGCCGUGGAGAUCAUCUGCGACCUUGGAUUAGAGAGGUGUCAAGACACAAUGAUCGGAGGUACAUUCGUGCGAGGAAUUUCAGGUGGCGAGAGGAAAAGAGUGUGUAUAGGCAAUGAGAUUUUGCUCAACCCUUCUCUUCUGUUCCUUGAUGAGCCGACAUCAGGUUUGGAUUCAACGACAGCCUUGAGGAUGGUUCGAAUGUUACAUGAAAUAGCAAAGGCUGGGAAAACAGUGGUGACGACUAUCCAUCAGCCAUCGAGCAGACUUUUCCAUAAGUUUGACAAGUUGAUCCUUUUGGGGAAAGGAAGCCUGUUGUACUUCGGCAAUGCAUCGGAAGCAAUGGUCUAUUUCUCAUCCAUUGGGUGCACUCCUCUCAUUGCAAUGAACCCUGCAGAGUUCUUAGUGGACCUUGCAAAUGGAAAUAUAAAUGAUGUUUCAGUACCAUUGGAGUUAAAAGACAAAGUUCAGAUGGAUGAUUCAACACGUGAAACAAAAAAUGGAAAGCCAUCACCAACAGUUAUACAUGAGUAUCUAGUUGAGGCGUACGAGACACGAGUUGCAGAGAAGGAAAAACAGAAACUUAUAGCGCCAAUCCCCAUUGACGAGAGUUUGAAAUCAAUGGUGUUCUCGCCAAAUAGAGAAUGGGGUGCAGGCUGGUUUGAACAGUUUUCGAUCCUGUUUUUUAGAGGACUUAAAGAGAGACAGCAUGACUACUUGAGCUGGCUGAGAAUCACUCAAGUUCUCUCAACUGCAAUUGUACUAGGAUUGCUGUGGUGGCGCUCAGACAGCUCUACUCCUAGGGGCCUACAAGACCAGGCAGGGUUGUUGUUCUUCAUUGCUGUCUUUUGGGGAUUCUUUCCUGUUUUCACUGCUAUAUUUACGUUCCCGCAAGAGAGAGCAAUGUUAAACAAGGAACGAGCAGUCGACAUGUAUAGGUUAAGUGCAUAUUUUACGGCAAGGACCACAAGUGACCUACCACUUGAUCUCUUCCUACCAGUAUUGUUCCUUCUUAUUGUCUACUUCAUGGCAGGCUUAAGAUUAAGUGUUGCUCCGUUCGUCUUAAGCAUGCUUAUCGUGUUCCUAAGCAUCAUAGCAGCUCAGGGACUUGGGUUGGCAAUCGGUGCUAUGCUAAUGGAUGUUAAGAAGGCAACUACCUUGGCUUCAAUAACUGCAAUGACUUUCAUGCUAGCUGGUGGUUUCUUCGUAAAGAGAGUUCCAGCAUUUAUAUCGUGGAUCCGUUAUAUUUCUUUCAACUAUCACACCUAUAGGCUUCUUCUCAAGGUUCAAUACGAUCACAUCCCUCCAGCUCUAACUGGCAUUCAACAGGAUCGUGGUUUUACGGAAAUCACUGCCAUGCUUGCAAUGGUAGUGGGGUACAGACUUUUGGCAUACAUUUCUCUGCGGAAUAUGAACCUAGCUUAGGAAUAUUGAACCAUUAAAACUUAAUUUGAGUUCAAAGCGACAUAAUUCAAUUCCAAUCUCCACUGACCACAGGGACAGUUUAUUCCUCAUUUCAAUUACAUCGAAACACAUGAGCUGAGAGGUUCAUGUGGUUCUGUUUUCAAUGUUUCUGCCUUCUAAAGACUGUAUGUUUAUCUGAUAUAUCAAAAGAAAGUGAAAGUGUGUAAUUAUCCUAAAGUUCUUGUAAACAUGUGUCGCAAUUUGUAUGUAUGGUUAACAUGGGGGUAGUGAGAGAACUCAGAGAAGCAUACAUCUUACUGUCAACUAUUGUGCACUUCUAAUUCAUGUCAAUGUUUGUUUUGUUUGUAAUACAUUGCAAUUUCUCGA